CCUGUCGUUACCAUGGAUACCAUAAACUUACCACGGUGAGAGCUCUCGUGCAAUUUUACACACCAACGAAACCUGCUGUUAAAUCCACAAAUUACACAAUUACCACUGCUAACAUCUUGUGCAAAGGAGGAGAUAAAAAAUAUAUAUAUAUAUAUAUCAAGACUGGAAAUGUCUUGUACCUGGAACAGCCACGGACUACCAUUUUUACCGGGAUAUACAUUUCGAGAUGUGACGAAGUCAGCCUUCCAUCGACCCCAAACUCUGAGCUAUAGGAAUGGUUAUGCUCUGCCCCGACGUCCCACUGUGGGCAUUGGCAACGACCCUCUUUUAUCAGAGCAGCUCACUCAACAAGAGAUUAGUGAGUUAGCCUUCGAGACACCUGACCUUACUUAUGGCCCCUUUGGUAAAAGAGUACAUGAAGACUUCCUCCCUGCUCAUGUGGCCCUUGACAAGAAGGCGCUGCGCUACUAUGGAUAUUUUAUGGAGGCUAUUUUGUAUUCCCCUGAAGAAGAGUACCGUGUACGCCCUGUGGUAAUUUACUAUUACCUAGAGGAUGACAGCAUUUGCAUUAUCGAGCCCACAGUAGAGAACUCUGGGAUACCACAGGGAAAGCGGAUCAAACGCCACCAGUUGCCCAAGAAUGAACGUGGAGAGCAUUACCAUUGGAAAGAUCUCAACCUUGGUAUGGACCUGGACGUGUAUGGGGUCAAAUACCGCAUUACCCAGUGUGAUACCUUUACUAAGGAAUUCAUGGAAAGUGAAGGCAUGAUUGUAAAUGACCCUGAGCUAAUGCCAGCGGAUCCUUACAUCAUGCGUCGUGAAAACCCUCCACCGUGUCACACUACACCUUCCACAUUUGAUAAUUUGCACAAGUUUCUCAAGAUGGACCGCAAGGUGUUACGCUUCUUCGCUCUGUGGGAUGAUGCUGACUCUCUAUAUGGGGAGUCCAGGCCUGUUACCAUUCACUAUUACCUGGUGGAUGAUACAGUGGAGAUCGCAGAAGUCCACCAACCAAACAGUGGCCGGGAUCCCUUCCCCAUCCUGAUGCGGAGGCAGAGACUACCCAAAAAGAUCAAAUCAGAGAACUUCCCCAGUGCAGUGAUGGAGGUCUCAAAGGAAGAGGUGGAUGAGUAUUACUCCCCAAAAGACUUCCAGGUGGGUCAAAGGAUGAAACUACUGGGGCGCAACUUCCUGCUUUAUGACUGUGAUGGCUUCACUAAAGAAUAUUACCAGAAGAACCACCCGGAAAUGGAGAUGAAGUCCAUAGAGAUACCAAAGAAGGCUGAUAUCCCUCAAGACAGGAAGAAGACAAUUCCUCCCUACAAUGGUUUUGGCUCACUUGAGGAUUCUCUUCAGAAUUGUUUGCGUCUGAUUCCCGAGCCUCCCAAAGUGAACGUGGUAAAGAUGCUAGAGAACAACCAUAAAGUGUUGCGCUACAGUGCCAGACUGGACUCCCAGAAUCCUGAAGAUGAAGACCGCCGUUUCAUCCUGUCCUACUUCCUGUCCAAUGACAUGAUCAGCAUUUUUGAAAAGACCACACGCAACUCUGGUAUCAUUGGUGGAAAGUUUCUGGAAAAGUCCCGUGUGCCCAAGCCGGACUCUACUGUAGACAAACCUGCGUACUACUCACCUGCAGACUUCGCUAUCGGGGCCACUGUGGAAGUUUUUGGUCACCGCUUUGUGCUGACUGAUGCCGACCACUACGUGCUCAGAUACUUGGAGUCUAACUGGAGUGACAUCCCUUCCAAGAUGCUGGAUUCUUUGCGGCAGAAGCUGGGUGUGGAAAUUGAAACUACCCAGCCACCUGACCAAGAUGGGAAAGACUAUGCCAGCCAUUUAAACUAAAUUAUUUGUCAGUGAUACCUUUGACCAGGUGAAGCAACAGAGCAGUCUCUUUGAUGUGAAGAAUUUCCUUAUUUCAGAGUUCUUCUUCUGCAAUAAAUCUACUGUAAAUCAAAGCCUUUACUAAAAUUUCCUUGACAAUUAAAUAAUAAACAUGACACCUUUCAAGUGAUACCUUACACUGAGACAAAUGAUAAAUACAGCGACCUUUUGUUGUUGCUUUAAAAUUAACCUUAUGGCGUCUCUGAUGAGGAGACUUCAAAUUUGUCCAUUCACACACCAUAAAUUCCAACAAGUGAUUAUUCUUUUUUUUGUAGUUUUGUUUUUUUGUUUUAAACACAUGGUGCAUAAAAUGUAAACCAGCUGAAAAGACCUCAGAUGCAAAACUUAUAUCAGAAAAAAUCUCAUUAUUUAAUAAAGAAAUUAAAAACAAAAAAGGAAAAGAAAAAAAAAAGAAAACAUGAAACAGCAUGCGGUAAUAUCCAACAUACAUACUUAAUGCAUAUUUGUUAAAUGACCAGUGACAGUUGUAUGAUUUCGACAGUAAGCUCAUAUCAUACUUUAUCAUCAGUAACGCUUUUCUGCUCCAGCGGACCAGAAUAGAAAACAAGCAAAGCCGGCUCAAUGGCAAGAGCUGCAAUAUCUCACAAUGCUACAACCAAUACAGUACUUGUGUAUGAGGACUAAUCAA